AUGCUUCAAAGACCUCGAGAUCUACUGACUUCUCACGACCCUUCAGCGAGUUCUGUCUCUAACCGUCACCGUUGCCUGUACCCCCACAAACAGCACGACCUCUAUCACAAGCCUGUUGUAGCACGGCUACAACCGGUCCCCAAUUGUCAUAUCAACUCUUUCAACACACUCGAGACUACUUGGAACGCGACUAAAGCGAAACUCGUUUCUCAGUGGAAGAUUAUCCACGCUCGUAGUCAGCGUCGCAUCAAGCGAAGCAUGGUCAAGCAUUCGACCGCAUUGAGGAAUAGCAUAACUAAGCUACAGCUACCAGGACCGACAAGCGCCGGUGACUCGCAAAGCGGGAUAGCCACUUCGGCAGUUUGUCCCGACCGAGCACAAGCUUUGGAUUCGCUUGUUGCAGAGACCGAAUCUGUGGACGGAGGCUCCGAGCAAUGUCUGGCCGAUUUUGACGUAUGUACGGAAGAACUGAAUAUACAGAAAGACGGAUAUAAACCUGGGGACCUUUCGCAUAAAAAGCGCAGAUCAGCCGAUCCUAUGGAGAGCGACAGGAAGGCAGGCGCUGCUCGAAGACCCAGCCAUUGCCAACUCGACCACGAAGGUAAGAGGGCGCUGACGCCUGACCAGUACGUAGCCAUCAAGAAGCAAGAGGCCAUUGCGCUUGUAAUGGCAAAGUUCAACCAGUGGUUCGAUAAGAGGCUGGAGAUUAUUUCUUGUAUGUCACAACUCCCCACGUUAUUUUGCCAACUCCUUCUCAAAGAUGCCUAUGAAGCAUCUGAAGCUUCGGGGACUCCUUCGGGCUGCUCUGGUGGCGUAGGCUCCGGAAAUAAUAAUUCCGGACAAGGUCAAUCAGGUCGUUCAACUCGCUCUAAACGCCGACUUGGCGGAGACGACCAAGAUGGCUCUUCAGCUGGUGGCGACGAAGGCGACCCCGACAGAGGCGGCAGUAAACGGGCUAAGAAGGAAGUAGAGGCCGAGAAGAAGUUCGCCUGUCCUUAUUACAAGCACGAUCCAAGAGCACAUAACAAACACCGAAGCUGUGCCGGGCCGGGAUGGACAUCGCUUCAUCGCUUAAAGGAGCAUUUGUACCGCGCGCAUAGGCUUCCGAAGCAUACCUGCCCCAGAUGUAACGAGCCCUUUGAAGAUGCUAAGGAUCUAGGCGACCAUCUUCGAGCCGAGGAGCUUUGCAAGAAGCUAGACGUGGUCCCGGCACUGCAGGGCAUCGACGAAGCUACCGAAACGAAGUUAAAAGUGAGAAAGAAGAAUUGUCCCGGCAUGACUGACGAGCAGAGAUGGGGAGACAUUUACAUGAUCCUUUUCCCGAAAGCUAACCCCAACGCCAUGCCAACUCCAUACUACGAUAGCACUGACGCUCUUCGAUUCUCCAAAAGUGUGGAAGAGUGGAAGAAGACCAAGAAGCGGAUGCAAAAGGAUCUGCCUAAGAUUGUGCAGAAGAAGGUUGAGAGAUCGUUCGACAAGGUACAGGUCGAUGUGCUCAAUGGACUUCCCGACAUUAUCCGAGACUGCUUGUUCGAAUUCUUCAAAGACUCGUCACAUGAUGAUCGGUCACCAUCAGCUACUCCCGCCGCAACCCCGAGGGCCCAUACGCCCAGUAUCCCUACCGCAAGGGAGCAGCCUGCUUCAACAACGGAGGAAAUCAAGGAUACCUCGCUGGACAUUUCGCAAUACCUAGAGCCCAGCAUGAUGGGCGGAUUGGAGGAAUUUGACUUCUCCUUCAUCGAAUUUGGGAGUAAUGCUGACUGCGGGUUUUUCGACAAGGAAUCAGACUCUGGCUAUGCUUCCACUAGCACCGGGAGAGGCGUCACUGUCGAGACGGAAUUGUGA